GUCGUCGGUCUGCGGCCUCAGAUCAGUUCCAAGCAGGCGACGCUUGUGCACCUGUCGUGUCGGCGCCAUGUCGUUCUGCAGCUUCUUCGGGGGCGAGGUUUUCCAGAACCACUUUGAUCCGGGUGUCUACGUGUGUGCCAAGUGUGGCUACGAGCUCUUCUCCAGCCACUCAAAGUAUGCACACUCGUCCCCAUGGCCAGCCUUCACUGAGACUAUCCAUGCUGACAGUGUGGCCAAGCAUCCAGAGCACAAUCGCCCUGAAGCCUUAAAGGUCUCCUGUGGCAAGUGUGGCAACGGGUUGGGCCAUGAGUUCCUGAACGAUGGCCCUAAGAAGGGGCAGUCACGCUUCUGAAUAUUCAGCAGCUCGCUGAAGUUUGUCCCUAAAGGCAAAGAAACUUCUGCCUCUCAGGGGAAGUAGGUGGGCGGCCCUCAGCCUCCCCAGAUGGGUACUGCAAGAUGGCCACACUCUGGCCACCCUUACUUGGAAUUGGAACCCCAGACAUUCAGACAGGGAAGAGGGUGGCUGAAACAUCAGGAAGGCUCCCAAGGCCUUAGCUCUGCACUGGUUCUUCUUGGGAAAACUACUGGUUUGCCACCUGUGGCCCAUAUCCCACUGCCAGAAUGGGCCUGGAGGACCCAGUUGUCAGCUCAUGUUGGCCUCAGGGAGGUAGGCUGUAGGCCUGGCUCAUCUGUGAGUGACAGAGCACUCCACCUUUACUUCUCAGCCCUUUCUGCCUGUCUGGACCCGCCCCUGUGGGGCCCAGUUCUGAGACAGACUCAGGCCUUCACCAAAGUUGAUGCCCAUCUCCCUCAAGCUGUGCUAGGAGACAGUGCAAAUGGAGGUGGCCCCAGCUGCCUGCUCCAGCCUCAGUCACUGCAUGAUUCACUCUGGUUAAACCCUUCCAGGCAGCCAGAGUGUUGAAGAUCUGUGACCUGUGGUAGGAGUGGACUGACCUUUGGUUUCUCAGUUACGAGAGGAGAAAUCCUGAACCCUGUUUCACACUCUGUGUGGCCGCUGCUUGCCUCACUUGGGCUUAGGAAAACACCUAUUGCUCCAUUACCUUGAUUGCACAGGUUGGGGACCCUGAAGCUCACAGCCUAAAGUACACACCUUCCCAGGGCAUAGUGACCAUGCUUUACUGCACAUGCACUGAAACUCUUGCCAUCUGGGAGGGUGGGUGAUGUUGAAACCCUCCUUCCCAUCUUGAAUCCUCUCUGGAAUAAUUAGGAGAUGAAUAAAAAAAUGA